AUGCUCGACCACACCACCCUGCUCAAUGGUUACCACGACAAGCAACGACAGAAUGUAAACGACUCUUGGGGCCAGCCUACCCUGCCUUUGUACGCCAACGAUUGGAGCAAUGACCGAAAGCCCCGACUCGAUGACAUUCGCAGAGGUGCAGUGACAACCCUGUCGCAUGUCAAGCAGUACAUGGGGAAGCAGUGGACUCGAACAGGGGAGACAGGAGGGCGGGCCCUGACGAACCCGUCGUCGCCGCCUUCUAAUCUCCUUUUCAUCUUCCUAUGCAGCCUGUGGUACACCUCAUCUGCCCUUUCUUCCAACACCGGCAAAGCUAUUCUCAACCAAUUUGGCUUCGUCGCCAUUUACUGCCUCCUUUUCAUGUCACCCAUCAUCAGGUUCACUAGACUAAAGAGACCGUCGCGAGCUAUAUUUCAGAGUACAUUGCCGAUGGGUCUAUUCCAGGUCGGAGGACAUAUCUUCUCGAGCAUGGCAAUGUCAACGAUUCCUGUCAGCACGGUACACACUAUCAAGGCACUAUCACCGUUGUUCACUGUCGCCGCUUAUGCCCUCUGUUUCCGAGUUAGCUAUUCAGCCAAGACAUAUGUCUCUCUCCUCCCUCUUACCGUCGGCGUUAUGCUGGCCUGUUCCUUCGACAUGACCGCAUCAAAUUAUAUUGGCCUGCUAUGUGCAUUUGGUUCCGCCAUAGUCUUUGUCAGUUCAAACAUUUUCUUCAAGAAGGUCAUGCCAUCCAACGACUCGUCACAACCGUCCCAUGCCAAACUUGACAAGCUGAACUUACUGUUCUACUCCUCCAGCAUGGCUUUUUUCCUCAUGAUUCCCAUAUGGUUGUACUAUGACCUUCCCGUGCUCCUUGCGGCAUCUCACAACCCGGAACAUGUUGUACAUCCCAGUCAUGCUCAUUCGGCCCUCCAUUCUGUCAGCUACUACUUCUUCAUGAACGGCACGGUGCAUUUUGGUCAGAACAUCAUCGCCUUCAUCAUCCUAUCAUCGACAUCACCCGUCACCUACUCUAUUGCUUCCCUUAUUAAACGUGUUGUGGUCAUCUGUGUCGCCAUCGUAUGGUUCAAUCAAUCCGUUCACCCAGUCCAGGUGUUCGGAAUCGGUUUGACAUUUACGGGAUUGUACAUGUAUAACAACGCAAAGGCCGAUGUUGAUCGUGGGGAGAAGAAGUUGAGGAGAGUUGAGGCUGCUCGCGAUUUGAUGCUCCCGAGCACCAUUGCCGAGUCUAAGAUGAUGUCGGGAACAGAGUCGCCUCCAGCGGCCAUGGUUCACUCUGCAAGGGAGGGUGAAACUACGGGAGCAGCUGUGACAUGGAGUGGUAGGUCAAGAGCCGCCUCAAUACAUUACCAUCAUCAUCCUCCGCAUCCUGCUGCAAACCUCUCGGUGAAAAUUACGCCUCCAAUCCUUAGUUCCAAGUUUUCUCCCAUCAAGGAAGGGAAACUAGGGUCGCCGACGGACUCUUAUCCUUCUCCGCCGCCUUCCCUCGACUCCCCGCCUUCGCACUCGAUACACCUUGGAUAUCUGCACGAUCAUUCCAAGCAUCCGCUCAAUUCCCAGCGUGUCGGCGUUGUCGUGGCGUGAUUUAUACUUAUUGGAUUUACUAAGUUAGAAGAAGCAGAACAUAUACCUCUCUCUACUGGGCACUGAACUACUCAUAUACUACAGAACCUUUGGGCAGCAUAGUAGACCGCAUAAAUUAAAUAAUCGGACUUUUGAUUCAUGAGUUGCUUACAUAGCUCGGUCUUAGACACAUCUUUCUGUAUAUUUUCCAUUUUGUAGAGGACGCAGGCAGCCUUGUACACACCUUGGAAGUAAAUGCACAGCCACCUAUCAGGACU